AUGGGUCCCCGCGGAGCGCGGCGUGCCGCCGGCUGCCUGCUGCUCUGCUGGGCUCUGGCCGCCGCCCGCGCCGCCCCGCGCAGGACACCCUCGUUCGACGGGCACGUCGAGGAGAACCGGCCGGCGGGCACGCGGGUGCGCGGGCUCAGCAUCCCCCUGACGCGGCUGGGGCCCGAGCCCUGGUGCGCCAAGGUGCAGGGGCGCCGCUGGCACCUGCAGCUGCUGGGCGAGGGACACUCGCACUUCCAGGUGUCGCUGGACGCGCGCACGGCCCGCGUGUGGCUGCGCACCCGCCGCCCGCUGGACCGCGAGGCGCGGGCGCUCUACUCGCUCCGCCUGGGGCUGUGCUGCAAGCGCUGCGCGCCCCAGGGCGCCGCGCCCGCCGAGCUGGCCGCGCUCACCGUGCGCGUCCUGGACGACAACGACAACGCGCCGCGCUUCGUGGGCCCCGGCUCCGCGCAGCUCCGCGUGGAGGAGACGCUGGCGCUCAAGUCCGAGGUGUGGCAGGCGCGGGCCGAGGACGCGGACGCGGGCGCUAACGCGGAGCUGCGCUACUUCGCCCUCCCGCGCAGCGCGCACUUCUUCGUGGUGCCGCGCAGCGGGCGCGUGGUGCUGGUGAGCUCCCUGCUCCACCUGCGCGCUCCCAUCCCGCUGCGCCUCUACGCGCGGGACCGCGGCCGGCCCGCGCUGCUCAGCGAGCCCCUGGAGCUGGAGGUGCUGCCGCAGCCCAAGCGCCUCCCGCCGCCGCCGCUCCGCCGCCGCCGCCGGGCCGCGCUGCCGCCCGCCGCGCCCCUGGCGCUGGCCCUGCCCGAGGACGCCCGCCCGGGCACCCGCCUGGCCGCCCUGGCCCCCGCCCGCUUCGCCUCCGCCUGGUUCGAGCUGCUGUCGCCGCCCGUCCAGGAGUCGCCGGUGAGCGUGGGGAGAGAGAGCGGAGAGGUGACGCUGAGCGCGGCCCUGGACAGGGAGGCGGUGGCCGCAUGGGAGCUCGUCGUCCGCGUCCAGGAGCGCCGAGGGAAGGAUUGGUACUUGGUGCACGUGUCACUGACUGUGACAGAUGUGAAUGACAACGUCCCUGAAUGGGCCAUGGAGCCCUUUCCCUUCCUGGCUGUGGUUUCCCCCGAGGCUGCAGCAGGGACUCAGGUGUACAAGCUGCUUGCUGUGGAUGCAGAUGAAGGGAUCCAUGGAACUGUAGAAUAUUUUCUCUUGGAAGGUGGUGAAGACAGAUUUGAAGUGGAGAAGGACACUGGCUGGAUUAAAACAACAGGUUUGCCAUUGGUGAGGGACAAGGAGUAUUUGCUGACUGUGCUGGCAGCAGAUAAACUUGGAAGCAGAGGGUCCCCAGCCUCUGUGUCUGUAAUUGCUGGAGUUCGACCCCCACAGUUCACCAACAUGUCCUACUUUGUGUAUGUUCCUGAGAGCACCCCACAAGGAGAGCCCUUUCUUGCAGUCACUGCUGUGUCAUAUCAGAAGAAAUCCCUGAGCUACAGUUUGCUCACUAAUCCUGGGGGUCUGUUCAGUAUUGAUCAGGCAACAGGAGAGAUCAGUCUGACUCGGAGUGUGGAUUAUGAAAGUGACCCCCACCAGCACCUCCUUUUGGUCAGAGCAGAGGAGGAUGAGGAGCAGUUCAGCAGUGCUGCUGAGGUUUUGGUUGUAAUCACAGAUGUGAAUGAUUGUGCCCCCGAAUUUCAUCAGUCGAUUUACAGCAAAGUCGGUGUUCCUGAAACAGUUCCUAUGACAACUGCACUUCUCCAAGUGACAGCCACUGACUGUGAUUCAAAGGAGAAUGCCCAGCUGCUGUAUUACACUCUGAGCCAAGACUUCAGCAUUACUCCUCAUGGCACUAUUUUUCCAGCAGCACGCUUGGACUAUGAGCGCCCUAACCACCUCUAUGAGUUCAUCAUUAUGGCUGUGGACCAAGGGGAAGAGCCCAGGACUGGGACAGCAACUGUUAGGAUCCAUGUCUCCAAUGUGAAUGAUGAAGCACCUGAGUUUUCUCAGGCAAUCUACAGGAGCUUUGUUUCUGAAGAUGCAGGCCCAAACACGCUGAUUGCCACAGUUAAUGCUGUUGAUCCUGAUGGAGAUGGUGUCACAUACGAUAUUCUGUCUGGGAAUCAGAAAGGAAACUUUGUUAUCGACCCUAAAAAAGGGCUAGUUAGACUUCGUGCAAGCCCAUUUCCUAAGCUGCAGGGGACAGAAUAUGUUCUGAAUGUCACAGCCACUGAUGAUAAUGCCUCUGGAGGGCCCCAUCCUCUCACAAGUACUGCCCAGGUUGUUGUGAAAAUUGAUGAUGUCAACAAUAACAAACCUGUCUUUCAGAAGUGCCAGUAUUAUCGGGAACAUGCUUCUGUCCUGGAAAAUCAGCCUUCAGGGACUGUUGUUCUGCAGGUUGAAGCCACUGAUGCUGAUGAAGGGGCCAAUGGUGUAGUGAAAUAUGGCUUGAUGCACAGAGAUGGUGUCCUGCCAGCAUUUAGCAUUCAUCCUGACACAGGAGUUCUGACAACUGUCCAGGUAUUUGAUCGAGAAAAACAGAGGGAAUAUCCCAUCACUGUGACAGCAACAGAUCAGGCAGCGGAGCCACUCAUUGGAAUAUGUCAGAUAAAUAUUGUCAUCCUGGACCAAAAUGACAAUGACCCCAGAUUUGAAAACACCCACUAUGAAUAUUUCCUCAGAGAGGACACAAAGGUUGGGACCAGCCUCCUUCGUGUUGCAGCCCGUGAUGAUGACUACAGCUCAAAUGCUGCCAUUACAUAUUCCAUAGCAAGUGAUGAACCAAAUUAUUUACAGAUUAAUCCUACCACAGGCUGGGUGUUUGUGAACCAGCCCAUAUCUCAGAAGUCAUCUAUAAUUCGAGAGAUUACUGCUACAGAUGGAGGCAACAGAAGCAGUAAAGUUGAACUUGCUGUAACUGUAACCAGUGCAAGAAACCAGCCUCCACAGUGGGAAAGAGACAGCUAUGAAGUUGUUAUUCCAGAGAAUACGACACGGGAUGCCUCAAUUUUGACAAUCAAAGCAACUUCUCCCCUUGGAGAUCCCCGUGUCACUUACAACCUGGAAGAGGGGCUUGUCCCAGAGACCAACAUGCCAGUUCGUUUCUACCUGACUCCAAACAGACAUGAUGGUUCUGCUUCAAUCCUGGUAGCUGAGCCUCUGGAUUAUGAAACAACAAAGAGCUUUUUGCUGCGGGUGCGAGCGCAGAACGUGGCUGCAGUUCCUCUGGCAGCAUUCACCACGGUCUAUGUUAAUGUCACAGAUGUCAACGACAAUGUCCCGUUCUUCACCUCAUCCAUAUAUGAGGCCUCAGUAACAGAGGGAGCUGAUGUGGGGACAUUUGUCACUCAGGUGUCUGCCACCGACCUCGACCUUGGUCAGCAUGGGCAGAUAACUUACUCCCUGUUACAUGACAGUGGCAGAGACUACACCUGUUUUCGCUUGGACCCCCAGACAGGCUCCAUUUACACCACCUCUGUGUUUGACAGAGAGGAGAAGGGCUCCUACCUGCUGGAAGUCAAGUCAGUGGAUGGGUCUGAAUCAGCUCGACCUGGGAAGCAUGGAAAGCCAAACUCUGACACAGCCUACGUGCGCGUGUCCGUCAGCGACGUCAACGACAACCAGCCCGUCUUUGCGCAGAGCGUCUACGAGGUGAGCGUGGAUGAGGACCAGGAUGUGGGAUCCACCAUCCUCACAGUCAGUGCCAGCGAUGAGGAUGAAGGAACAAAUGCUAAACUACGGUAUCAGAUCACAGCUGGGAACACAGGAGGAGUGCUGGAUGUAGAUCCAGAUACAGGAGCCAUUUUCAUUGCCCAACCACUGGACUAUGAAGAAAAAAAAAUGUAUGAGAUCCACUUGUUGGCCUCUGAUGGAAAAUGGGAGGACUAUGCAGUUAUCAUCAUCAACAUCAUGAAUAAAAACGAUGAGGCUCCAGUUUUUUCUAUCAAUGAAUACUAUGGAAGUAUAAUUGAGGAACUGGAUGCCUUACCAAUCUUUGUACUUCAGGUUAUGGCCACUGAUCCUGACAGUGGUGUUGAUGGAGGAGAUUUGAGAUAUUCCCUGCAUGGGUAUGGUGCAGCUGAUAUUUUCACAAUAGAUGAGAAAACAGGCAGCAUUUACUCACACAAGAGGCUGGACCGGGAAGAGAGAGCGCUCUGGAGAUUCAUUGUGUUGGCUACUGAUGAAGGUGGAGGAGGACUUACAGGGUUUGCUGAUGUGAUCAUCAACGUGUGGGAUAUCAAUGACAAUGCUCCCACGUUCACCUGCAUGCCUGAUGAGUGCAAUGGGAAUGUCUUGGAGAACUCUCCUGCGGACACCUUAGUCAUGGAAAUGGCUGCAGUCGAUCGCGAUGAUCCAAAUGUUGGUCUGAACGCUGUCCUGACGUACAGGAUAACAGAGAAUGUGAGGAGUGAGUUUGGUACUGACAUGUUUAAUAUCAACCCCAAUACUGGGACCAUCCACGUGGCAGGGGGACUGCUGGACAGGGAGAGGACUGAAAGUUAUUUUCUUACUGUUGAAGCAAGAGAUGGGGGAGGGCUCACAGGAACUGCCACUGCCACUGUCUGGGUUGCAGACAUCAAUGAUAACGUUCCAAAAUUCACAAAGGGGCUGUGGCAGGCAGCAAUUCCUGAGAACACUGCCAUCGACUCAGAAGUCCUGCAGGUGUGUGCUACGGAUGCAGAUGUUGGGGACAAUGCAGACUUGAUGUUCAGUAUCAUCGGGGGAGACCCAGAUGAGAAGUUUUAUAUUGAGAAUGACAAAGAAUGGCAGUGUGGCACUGUUCGACUGAAAAAGAAGUUGGAUUUUGAGAAUGCCCGUGAAAGACAGUUUAAUCUUACUAUUACUGUGGAAGAUCUGGAUUUUUCUAGUGUUGCAGUGUGCCUGAUUGAAGUUGAAGACUCAAAUGACCACAGCCCAGCUUUCCUCUCCCAGUUUAUUCAGACAAACCCUGUAUUUGAAGAUGUGCCUGUAGGUACUACAGUAACCACAGUGAGGGCUACAGACAAGGACUCUGAUUUGAAUGGGAGGAUUAUGUAUUCUAUAAAGUCAGAUUCAGAUCCUAUGAGACAGUUUGUGGUUGACCAGUUUGGUCACGUGGUUGUGGCAAAUGCACUUGAUCGUGAAGCCAUUCAAAAAUACACUUUAAUUGUACAAGCUUCAGAUCAGGGGACACCCGCCCGCACUGGAAGUGUUACAGUUCUAAUUAAUUUGCUUGAUAUUAAUGACAAUGGACCAAGGUUUGAGGCACCAUACAUGCCUGUAGUUUGGGAAAAUACAUUGAAGCCUGAAAUAGUGCAUAUGAACCAUACAUCAAAGCUGCUUCAUGCGUUUGAUCCGGACUCUGAGGAAAAUGGGCCACCCUUUACCUUUUCAUUGCCACCUGAUUAUCAGAAUUCCUUGGAUUUUUCUCUUACUGACAACAGAAAUAACACAGCAACUAUAACAGCUUUGAGGUCCUUUGACAGAGAAAAGCAGAAGGUGUUUCACCUGCCAAUAAUUAUAACAGACAGUGGGAUUCCAGCCAUGAGCUCCACGAGCACCCUGACUAUAACGGUUGGGGAUGAGAACGACAACUGCCACGAGUCUGGCCACAAGGAGGUCCAUGUGUACAGCCACAAAGGAAAAUGGUCAACAACAGUGCUUGGGGAAGUGUUUGCACCAGAUCAGGACGACUGGGACAAUAAAACAUUUCUCUCUGAAGGAAAACUGCUCAAAUCUUUCAGAUUAAAUCAGAGGACUGGGUCUUUGCUGAUGGUGGAUAACACUCCUCAGGGAACAUACAACUUAAGAGUUAGAGUUUCUGAUGGAGUUUGUCCUGAUGUUAUAUCUACAGUACAAAUCCAUGUCAGAGACCUGGAAAAUGAAGCCAUACAAAACUCAGCCACUGUGCGUUUCUCAGAUGUCACAGCAGAGGAGUUCAUAAGGAGAGAUGAACAUGGCAAAACGAGACUUGGCCAGUUCAAGGAUUUCCUUGCAGAACUGUUAUCUGCAAAGCUGAAUGAUGUGAUUGUCUUCAGUGUGAUGAGCAGGGAUGGAAAACAGACAGAUGUGAGAUUUGCAGUCCGUGCUGGCUCAGCCUAUUACAGACCUGAGAAACUGCAUGCGGAGAUGGCAGCGUUUAAAUCUGAGAUGCAGUCAGCUCUGCAGCUGAACAUUUCCCAGAUCGAUGUUGACGAGUGCAGGAGUGCCAACUGCAGCGAGGGCUGUACAAACCAGCUCAGUGUGAGCGACAUCCCCACCGUGACAGACACCGGGAGCGUGUCCUUCGUGUCCCUCAGCACCUCCAGCCGCGGCACCUGCGGCUGCUCCGCCCGCGAGCGCCCGCACCAGCCCUGCUCCUCCUACCCUCGCAGCCCCUGCCUCAACGGGGGCCUUUGCAUCGACACUCUGAGUGGCUACAGAUGUCUUUGUCCUGCUUCCUUUCAUGGACCAGACUGCCAGCAGACUAAGCACAGUUUCCAUGGAAAUGGUUAUGCAUGGUUUCGUCCCAUCAGACCUUGUUUUGAAAGCUCACUCUCUCUAGAGUUUAUUACUGUGGUUCCAGAUGGACUUCUACUAUAUAGUGGCCCUUUAUCAAAUCCAGAACCUGGGAGUAUAGAAAACUUCAUUGCAAUAGAACUCUCCAGUGGUAUUCCUGUGCUGAAGAUGAGCCAUGGCUCGGGUUCUGUGGUGUUGCAGUUUCCAAGUCACCUGAAUGUAGCAGACAAGAAGUGGCAUCAACUUGAAGUCAGAACCAAUGGUCAGGAUGUCCGCUUCACUCUGGAUCGGUGCAGCGCGGCCGUGGUGUCGGAGAUCGAAGGGGUUGGCCGCUGGCUGUCCACUGAAGAUCGCACAAAUUGUGAAGUCCUGGGCUCUGUUCCACGGAGAGCGAGGUAUUUGAAUGUAAACCAUGUUCUCCAGCUGGGUGGUGUGAAGGAGUCGUUACCAUAUUCCUACCCACAGCUGCUACACAAACAUUUUUCUGGUUGCUUGCGCAAUUUCAUCGUGGAUACUCAGGUAUAUGACCUUCAGUCUCCUGCAGAGUCCCUGAACAGCUUCCCUGGCUGCACCCUGACGGAUGGGAGCUGUGAGACCAUGGGAUCUUCCUCCUGUGGUAUCCACGGGAGGUGCCUUGGGGACUGGGGCUCGUUUGCGUGUCACUGUUUGCCAGGCUACCACGGUUACCGGUGUGAUAAAGUGGCCAAGGAGUACAGGUUUGAGGCAGGCAGCCACAUCCGCUACCAGCUCCCUGUCAGCGUGUCUGUGCGCAGGACGCUGUUCCAGGCUCUGGUGCGCACGCGGCAGCCCGACAGCGUCAUCGCCACCGUGCGCUCCCGCGGCAGGGACGAGCACAUCACCCUGCAGGUUGUUCAGGGACUCUUAGUGGUCUCAUACAAUCUGGGUGAUGGAAACUAUUCUUUAAGCCUUCCCUCCUACCACAUUGAUAAUGGUGAAUGGCAUCACAUCACACUGGAGAGAAAUGAAAAUGAAUUUACUCUUCGCCUUUAUGAAGGAGGUGGGAAGAGAGAGAUUACUAAAGCAGCAGGAAUAUACAAAGAGAUUGUCAUUGACCCCAGCAGCUUGGUCCUUGGAAACACCUACCCAUUCAAUCAAAACAAGAGUUUUCAAGGAUGUAUGAAGGAUGUCAGAUUUAACAACUACAGAAUCCCUCUGGACACUCAAGGGAAGGAGCUGGUGUCAGUAUUGAGUGCCCAAGGCAUCAAAGAAGGCUGUUCUUCGGAGGCCUGUAGGAGUAACCCUUGCAAUCAGGAAUUUGUUUGUAUUGAUUUGUGGAUGAUGCAUGAAUGCAGCUGCCCUGUGGGACACAUGAUCCUGGAGAACGCCUCAGGCCGGCAGUGUGUGUACACGGCGUGCGCCGAGCGGCCCUGCAACUACGGCACCUGUGUGUCCCUGUCCCCCACCGCCUUCCAGUGCCACUGCCCCGACGGCUACGCCGGGCGCCACUGCGAGAUCACCCUGGCCAUCUUCCACAAGGACACGGGGCUGAGCUUCACCUCCCUCUUCGCCAUCUGUGUCUGCUUCCUGGCACUCCUAGCUCUGCUCAGUGCCAGCUUCCUCUGGGCUCACUGGAAGACGCGCAAGGGUCUGCACGGAGGCGUUUACCACGGAUCUGCUCAUCCUGAGGAUCUGGAGGACAUCAGGGAAAACAUCCUCAACUACAAUGAAGAAGGGGGUGGGGAGCAAGAUGAAGACGCCUACAACAUGGCAGAGCUGCAGGUGUCCAUCCAAGCGAGCCCGGCCUAUUCGCUGCCCAGGAGGAAGGAGGCCGUGAGGGCGCGGCGCGGGGCGGCGGCGGGCCCGGCGGGGCGGGCGGAGCUGGGCCGGGCGCUGUGGGCGCUGCUGAGGGAGGCGGAGCGCAGCGCCCCGGGCCCGCCGCACGACUCCCUGCGAGUCUUCUGCACCGAGGGCGCCGGCUCCAGCGCCGGCAGCCUCAGCUCCCUCAGCUCCCUCAGCUCCGUCAGCUCCCUCAGCCCCGCGGCGCUGGGCGGCGGCAGCGCCUGCGAGGACAUCCGCGAGUGGGGGCCCAAGUUCGAGAAACUGAGGGAGCUGUACUCGCACAGAGAGGCAGGAGACCUGUAGCUCCCCCAGGCUGCUCUUAGUUCUGGAAACAGCGGUGAAGCCCAGUUUUUUAUACUCCCGCUCUCUAUUACCCCCACCCGGCCUUUUUUCCUCUUUACAACAGGAAUUCAAAUUCCCACUAAGGAGGCAGCAAGUUGAAAGAUGAGUAGGAGCUAAUCCUGGGAUAUGUACUUGGAAGAACAAAGAGAGAAUCUGGGCUACGCAGUCAUUCACAUACUGUGGUUAAGAAGUACAGGUAUUUUUUGUCACUAAAGCAAUGCAGGACUCUUGAGGGAUCCAGUGCACACGGCCGG